UAGUUAGCUUCAUGUGCAAAAGUAAUUACUAAUUAUUAGAAAAUCGAGCAAAAUUGUGAAGUAAAUGAAAAGUAUACAGGAAAGCAGGGGAUUAAUGGUCUCCUCCCGUGGAAAGUCCAAGUCUCCGAGCAGCUUUGGCUCAACAAGAUGCUAUUAUUAUGCCAAAGGUGUAGGUGAGAAGGUUAAUUACACAAUGUACUAUAGUUGUUACAUGAUGCACAUGCAUCUUCUUCAUCAUCAUCAUCAUCAUCAUCAUCUCUCAUCACUGUUCUCAGUUCUUCUUUGUUCAUCUCUCUCUCUCUCUCUUUCUCUCCCUUCCUUUCUCUUGCCGACAGCUUCUGCUCCUCUACUGCUACAUCUCCUGCACAUUCUCUCCAUGGAUCCCCUCCUCCCCACCUCUUAUUAAAAUGCUUGGCUUAUACCUCUUUAGGCUCUUUGUAAUUAUCAGUAGCUGCCAGCUUAAUUGAUUCCCCAGCGGCCACAAUUUCUAUUUAAAUUUACCCCACCAAGCUAACUAACUCCCCCCCACUUCAAUUCACAGCUUCGAUCUUCCAUUUCAUCGUAUUCAGCCUGUGUAUAAGUGUACUUGUCUCCUCACACUGCCACUUCAAUUCAGCAGUCCCCUUGAUCCCUCUCUUUCUCUCUGCAUAUAGUGUCCAGUACUUAGUUGAGCUUCAAAAUAAUAAUUCCAUGGUACAGUCGAAGAAAUUCAGAGGAGUGAGGCAAAGGCAUUGGGGGUCAUGGGUUUCAGAGAUUCGCCAUCCACUUCUGAAGAGAAGGGUGUGGCUGGGCACCUUUGAGACUGCAGAGGAGGCCGCCCGCGCUUAUGAUGAGGCGGCCGUGCUUAUGAGUGGCCGCAAUGCCAAAACCAAUUUUCCUGUGCCUACCACUAACGCAGGCGAGCCUGGCAUCCUGUCCGGUGGCGGCCGCAGCAACCAAACUCCUGCCGGCGCUAACAGCACAAAUGUUAGCAGCAACAGCAACAGCAACAGCAAUAACAACAGUAGCAGUCUCUCUGAGGUGCUCAGCGCGAAGCUCCGUCGAUGCUGCAAGACCCCCUCCCCGUCACUUACUUGCCUCCGUCUCGACACAGAGAGCUCCCACAUUGGCGUCUGGCAAAAGCGAGCUGGCUCGCGUGCUGAGUCCAGCUGGGUGAUGACUGUCAAGCUCGACAUCGCCGCGCCACGGGCACUAUUGGAAAGCCCCACCAUGUCUCUGCCACCGCCUUCGCUGUCACCUACACAGCAGCAACAGCAGCACCACCAACAACAACAACAGCAGAUAAUGGUGGUGGAGGAAGAGGAAGAGGAAGAGGAUCAGGAUAGGAUUGCUUUGCAGAUGAUUGAAGAACUACUCCACAGGAGUUCAGCAACGCCCACUUGCAGUACCCUUCUUGAUCAUUAACGCAUGGAUUACAAACCUAAUGCUGCUUUCUCUAUUAUUAUGUCUUAAUCCUAUAUCAGUGGUCAGCCUUUGGCACCAACCAACUUUAUUAUAUAAAUAUAAAUAAAUGUAUAAAUAUAUAUAUAUACGUCAAUCUACCAGUGCUACCAAAGCCAAAAAGCAGCUACCAUGCAUGUUUAUAUAUGUUUAUUUAGACGUUUACCAAUGUUUGAUUAUAAAUAUAUUUAUAUAUGUUUCAACUGCACCUCACUCCCUUUUUUGUUUCUUCUUCCCUGCCUCUCUUAUGUUACAUCUCCAUCCCAAGCAAAACCUUAUGCUCCAUUCGAAAUAAACUAUAAAUGGAAUGGAAUAUUAUUGACUCGGUUAGAAUGGUUACUGCUCUCUCUCUCUCUCUGUCUCCUUUCAAUUAGCUGGCUUGAAACAGAGAGACUUCUCUGUUAAUAUACACGCGGGAAUACGUCGUCUUCUACUGCAACAUCUCUGUCCCGAAAUGUCAAAAUAAAAUCCAGAAGUCUUUACGCACAGUGUUCGGUAUUAUUCUACAAGUUUGGAGAUAAAUACGACUGCUAAUGCUCGGUAUCCAGAAUGACAGAUUGCCUAUUUGUAAAACAAAAACAGGAUUGUCCUUUCGAUUGCUUAAGCAAAGUGGUAUUUUUUUUUUUUUAAUUUUAGGAUUGGUCAUGAGGAAGUAACUUCUCUUGCUAAUGGGCCACUCAUUUAGAGCUUUGAUUGAUUGUUUUUUCUUUUCUAUAUAGAGAAAAUUGAGAAGUUGCUGUCAAAAAAGUUGCAUUAAAAAGCUUCAUUAUAAAAGCAACAACAAGCUGAUCAAUCAGAAACUUCAAAUCCAAGUUGUGUCUAAGAAAAUCACGCUAAUGUUCAUCAAAAGGAUAACUAUGCCGAACAUUUUGAAUCGACUAAACAAAAUAUUAUUCUUUUAAUUCGUAAUUCUGAAAGUGGCUGUUUUGCGGCAGUAUUUAACUCCUGAAAACUGACUAAAAAAACAUUAACCAAUGAACCCUUAUACUACAUAUUGUGUGAUAAGAUCGUAUGAAAAUGCUUCAGAGCCAAAUGCUUUUGCCACUUUAAACAAUACUACGCAAACAUCCCAAAAUGCACUUUCAUUUCCAGUGAGACAAAGAAUGAGUGCAGUAGCUGCAACAUAAAAUGAUAAUUGAAAAUAAUUCUUUUUUUUUAAGGAUGAAAUUUUAUCAUAAGUUAUUGAAAAUAUUAGAUGAGCUAGCAAUCACAAAGAACUCUCAAAAAAAAAAAAA